UGUGUGUUGUUAACUUCAUUCCACGUUUUUUCAUUUUCUCCCUCAAAAGUCUCUGUUUAUUCCCUUUUUCUUUUUUUCCUCCGGUGAAGCUGUGUAUCUGCUUGAUUACGGCGUUUGAUUGACACAGAGAUUGUUGUGACGGCUUUACUAUAAUAGAUGGAGAGGGAUUUUUUGGGAUUGGGUUCGAAAAAUUCUCCGAUCACGGUCAAGGAAGAAACCAGCGAAAGCUCUCGAGAUUCAGCUCCGAACAGAGGAAUGAACUGGUCGUUCUCAAACAAAGUCUCAGCUGCUUCUUCGCAGUUUCUAUCUUUCAGGCCAUCUCAAGAAGAUAGACAAAGAAUGUCUGGAAAUUAUCAUCUGCCGCACUCUGGUUCCUUCAUCCCAUCAUCAGUUGCAGAUGUUUAUGAUUCAAACCGCAGAGCUCCUUACAGCUCUGGACAGGGAGUAAGAAUGUUCCCAAAUUCAAAUCAGCAAGAAGAAACUAACGCAGUUUCCACGUCCAUGCCGGGUUUCCAGUCUCAUCAUUAUGCACUAGGAGGAAGAAGCUUCAUCAGCAAUAGCAAUAACUCACAACCUUUGGUAGGAGUUCCUAUCAUGGCACCUCCAAUUUCAAUCCUUCCUCCUCCCGGCUCCAUUGUAGGGACAACUGAUAUUAGAUCUUCUUCCAAGCCAGUAGGGGCACCUGCACAGUUGACGAUCUUCUAUGCUGGUUCAGUUUGUGUUUACGAUGAAAUAUCUCCUGAAAAGGCAAAGGCGAUUAUGUUGCUAGCUGGGAAUGGUUCUUCUAUGCCCCAAGCCUUUUCACCGCCUCAAACUCAUCAACAUGCUGUCCAUCAUACACGUGCCUCUGUUGAUUCUUCAGCUAUGCCUCCUGGCUUCAUGCCUACAAUGUCUUAUCUUAGUCCUGAAGCUGGAAGUAGCACAAAUGGACUUGGAGCAGCUAAAUUAACAAGAGGCUUGACAUCAACAUGCCAUGACAACCAAGCUAAUGCAUCCAAUAUCAAUGGCUCAGUAGCAGUUUCAGGUUCUACCAAUGUAAUGGCCGCUCCAACAGUGGCCUUACCCUUGGCUCGCAAAGCAUCUCUGGCUAGGUUUUUAGAGAAACGAAAAGAAAGGGUCACGAGCAUAUCGCCAUAUUGCUUAGACAAGAAGUCAUCGACAAAUUGUCAAAGAUCAAUGUCUGAAUGCAUUAGCUCUUCUCUCAGCUCUGCUACCUAAUAAUUUCAUCUAAAGUAAGAACUAAGAAGGCUGCUUUAGACCACUCUGCGCUCAUAUUUGCAUUUCAAUGGUGGCAUUUCAGUUUCUCAGUUAAUUUUUCUUCUCUCUGGCUACAGUGAGUUUUUUCUUAUUAGAUUAUAUGAUAGUAUAUACUUUGUUUACCAGUUUUUUGGUCAAAUGGAACUUAUGAGAGCAUGCACAUCAGACAUGUACUUCGGAUGAUUAGUAGAUCGUAUGGUAAAAUUAUGAUUGACGUUAAUGAAUCUUUUAUUU